UUUGAUAGAACAUUAUUUUAUAAUGUCGAGUAUAAUAUUUUUAAGUUUAAUUAUUUUCUAAGUAAAUUUUACAAACUAAUACAAAAUGGGCGCGAAAGGUAAAAAGAAGAAGGGAAAGAAGGGACCCCCGGAAUCAGGAUGGUGGCCAGGAUUUGGAACCAAGGCCACAAUGAGCACCUACUUCCAGUACCCGACCCCCGAGCUUCAGGAGGAGCUGAGGAAGAUCGCUCAGGCGAUCGUGGCUCCCGGCAAGGGUAUCCUCGCCGCUGAUGAGUCCACUGGUACCAUGGGCAAGCGUCUCCAGGACAUUGGUGUGGAGAACUCAGAGGAGAACCGCCGCAAGUACCGUAACUUGCUGUUCAGCUCUGACCCAGCUCUAUCCGAGAACAUCUCCGGUGUGAUCCUGUUCCACGAGACCCUGUACCAGAAGGCUGACGACGGCACCCCCCUCGUCUCCCUGCUGGAGAAGCGCGGCAUCAUCCCCGGCAUCAAGGUCGACAAGGGUGUUGUGCCGUUGUUCGGAUCUGAGGAUGAGUGCACCACUCAGGGUCUCGAUGACCUUGCACAGCGUUGCGCCCAGUACAAGAAGGACGGUUGCCACUUCGCCAAGUGGCGUUGUGUGCUGAAGAUCGGCCGCUUCACCCCCUCGUACCAGGCUAUCAUGGAGAACGCGAACGUGCUCGCUCGCUACGCCUCCAUCUGCCAGAGCCAGCGCAUCGUGCCCAUUGUUGAGCCCGAGGUCUUGCCCGAUGGUGAGCACGACCUUGACCGCGCCCAGAAGGUCACCGAGGUCGUCCUGGCCGCCGUCUACAAGGCGCUCAGCGACCACCACGUGUACCUUGAGGGUACCCUACUCAAGCCCAACAUGGUGACUCCCGGCCAGGCCUGCAAGAAGACUUACACUCCCAUGGACAUCGGCCGCGCCACCGUCACCGCUCUGCUCAGGACUGUGCCCGCUGCCGUUCCCGGCAUAACAUUCCUCUCCGGCGGCCAGUCUGAGGAAGAAGCCUCGGUGAACCUGAACGCCAUCAACACCGUGGACAUGAAGCGGCCGUGGGCGCUCACGUUCAGCUACGGGCGCGCGCUGCAGGCCUCCGUGCUGCGCGCCUGGGCCGGCAAGCCCGAGAACGUGCUGGCCGGACAGCAGGAGCUCAUCAAGCGCGCCAAGGCCAACGGUCUCGCCGUCCAGGGCAAAUACGUCGCGGGUUCGAUCCCAUCCUUGGCCGCGAGCAAAUCUAACUUCGCUAACGGCCAGGCGUCGCAGGGCAAAUACGUGGCGGGAUCAGUAACAGGUGCGGGCGCCGAUGCCGGCCUUUUCGUAGCCAACCACGCGUACUAAACACGCAACACUACAUUCACACUACGUCGCUAGUUGGCACAUCACUACUACAUAAAAACGUGACCAUAAACUAUAUCACUAAGCGCCACAGAUUCACUAAAUUAUUUUCACGCUCAAAAUUAAAAAAAAGAACAUUUUCUGUUCAGUUAUUGAAACGAGAAUGUCGCUCUCGACCGUGAAUGUAAUGUGUUUGAGAAUGAGUUCCAUAUUUAAAUAUUGGCGCUAAUGUAGUUUAGAGGUUAUAAGAACAAUAUUUAUUUUUAAGACACAAAUACAUUACUCAAAUCUUGUAUGAUGCUAAGUCAUACAUAUAUUUUAAUGAACUAGUAUUGUGUCUCAUUGUUAUUGGCGAAACAUUUAGAAAAUGUAUUUAAUAGUCGCAUUAUAAGUAGAGGUUGAUGAAUUAAUGUUGUUAUUGUGCUUUAAGAAAAAUUUUAGAUUUUGAUAUUAAUUUAUUUACAAAAAUACUGUAUGUAUGUAAACUUUGUUUAAAAUCAGACCAUCUUGUAAGUUUAUUUUGUAUCUAUGAUUUUGAAUAUCACUUUUAGUUUGUACUAUUUUGAUAUUUUUAAGAGUAAAAAAUUAUAUUAAUCUUUGAUCAGGUA